UUAAUUUUUCGAAGAAAUUGCCUGAUUGAAUUAUUCUAGUAAUGUAAAAAGCAUUUGAAACUCAUCAAUUUCCUCCUGAACGUUUUUGGUGAAGUUUUAGCCGGAGUUAACGAGCUCCAUUCAUUACUGAAAAUCUUUUUCAGAAACUUUAAGAGAACUUGAAAAAAAAACUGGUACAAGGAACUCCAAAAUGGGCAACAGUCAACAAAAGGAGGUUGAUCUGUUGGAAGUAUAUAUGGAUUCUCAAGAACCUGUUUUUAAUUCAAAUUCUUCAGGCUGCGAAGAAAUUGUGAAGACUUACUACAAUAAUUCAUCUUUGAUGGAGUCUGUAAAAUUUAAAUUAGAUGUAACAAAUCUUAAUUAUUCGGAAAUUUAUUCGAGGUGUUUCAACAGUACAAUUCCCAGUAAUAUAUUCAAUCAACCAUACCUUCUGCCGUGGUACCAACAAUUACUUUGGACCUUACUGUUUGCUAUUAUGAUUAUGGUUGCUAUUGUGGGCAACUUAAUUGUAAUAUGGAUAAUAGUAGCUCACCGAAGAAUGAGAACUGUUACCAAUUUGUUUCUCCUGAACUUGGCAUUUGCUGAUUUUUUACUUGCCAGUUGUAAUGCGACUUUCAACUUUAUCUUCAUGCUAAACAGCCAUUGGCCCUUUGGAGAGACAUUUUGUGUCAUCAGUAAUUUUGUUGCCAGUUUGACUGUCUCAACAUCUGUCUUCACCAUUCUAGCGAUGAGCCUUGACAGGUUUGUUGCCGUGACUCGCCCACUUCGUCCUCGAAUGUCAAAAUGUGUCGCCUAUUCCAUCAUCUUGUCGGUCUGGACUCUAAGCUCUCUGUUGUCAUUACCAUCUCUUUUAUAUGCCACUACAAUUACGUACAAAUAUGCCGAUCAGGGUCAUCGGACGCUGUGCUACUUAAUAUGGCCAGACCAGGCAUUGGGAAAAUCAUACACAGAUCACGUGUACAAUAUUGUGUUUCUUGUCGUAACGUACAUCAUCCCAAUGAGCUGCAUGGCAGUCACUUACACAUGGAUUGGCUGCAUACUUUGGGGAAGCAAAGUUAUUGGAGAAAAUACUGAUCCUCAAAAUCAUGUGAUAAAAUCGAAGCAAAGGGUUGUGAUUAUGCUUGUUGCUAUUAUGCUGCUAUUUGCUAUUUGUUGGCUACCUUACCAUAUCUACUUCUUGUAUACCUAUUACAAUUCAGAUAUUCUUCAAACUCAUUUCAUUCAGCAUGUAUAUCUUGCUAUUUAUUGGCUUGCUAUGUCAAACUCUUGUUAUAAUCCUAUAGUAUACUACAUAAUGAACGCAAGAUUUCGUGGAUAUUUCCAAGAAGUGGUAUGUGUGCACAGAAAAAUGAAACCGUCUGAAGUCAUAAGAUUUGGAGAAACUGGAAGAUCAAUUCCCCUCACAGCAAAAGCAUCCAUUAUAACCUCCAACAGAACUCGGUCGUGCAGAUUGACACAUCCUCGAUUUCAAAGAGAAUGGGACCCUGACUGCCACGCGAAAGGAACUACAAAUGACCUUGAAGCUGCAAUUUGAAACCACUUUAAUUAAACUACCAAUUUCUAUUCUCAUAAUUCACAAAUGUAAUGAUUCUGGAUGAGUUGCCUCACUCGCGAAGCACAUGUUUUGAAGCUUUCGAACACUUCGCUCCU